AUGAAGACUGAAGUAAUCACCACCAUGAUCUACAUGGUCUUCCUCGUGCACUUCGCCAUCACCAUCAGCCCUAACACACAGCCCUCGUGGCUCUUCUCUCUCGUGUCUCUCUCCCUUGCCGUGGUGGCGGUUACACUGCCAUUCGUGGUCACCACCACCCUCCAUGCACAUAGGAAUGCCGGCGCUACCGCCACCAUCCCGGGGCCACGAGGGUGGCCGCUGGUAGGCUCCCUGCCAGCUGUGUCCGGCCCACUCAUGCACCGCCGCCUGGCCACGCUGGCCGAUGCGCACGGCGCGCGCCGCCUCAUGUCGCUCACCCUCGGCGCCACCCCCGUGGUGAUCAGCAGCCACCCGGACACGGCACGGGAGAUCUUGUCUGGCGCCGCUUUCGUGGACCGCCCGCCCAAGGGCGUGGCACGAGAGCUCAUGUUCUGUCGUGCCAUUGGCUUCGCCCCCGCGGGCGAGUACUGGCGUCGUCUCCGUCGCAUCGCGGGCACCGGCAUGCUCUCCCCGCACCGCAUGGCCGCGCUCGGGGGCCUCCGCUGCCGCAUCGCCGACGACAUGGUCAGGCGCGUCGCUGACCAGAUGGAGAGGUCCGGGGAGGUGGCCAUGAGAGCCUUGCUCCAGAGGGCCUCCCUAGAGAGCAUGGCGGGCAGCGUGCUGGGCCUCAAGGGUGUCGUUGUUAGUGAGGAGCUGGGUGAGAUGGUCAGGGAAGGGUAUGAGCUCGUGGGCAUGUUCAACCUAGGAGACCACUACUACAAGACACCAUGGGGCCCGCUGAUGGACCUCUGGGGGGUGGGUCCCAUGUGCAGGGGGCUGGCAGCUAGGGUUAGAGGGUAUUUUGGGAAGAUCAUUGAGGAGAGGAGGGUGGUAGGGGACUACCACGAGAGGGACGACCUGCUCAGCUACAUGCUUUCGCUGCCAGAGGAGGAGAGGCUAGAGGACUCUGACGUGAUCGCUGUGCUGUGGGAGAUGAUCUUCCGUGGCGUGGACGUCGUGGCGAUACUCCUGGAGUGGGCCAUGGCCCGCAUGUCGCUCCACUCAGACAUCCAAUCCAAGGCCCAGGAGGAGAUGGACGCAGCGGUGGGCCGCCUCCGUCCCAUCACCGACUCCGACGUCCCGAGCCUGCGCUUCCUCCAGUGGAUCCUCAAGGAGACGCUCCGGAUGCACCCGCCGGGCCCGCUCCUCUCCUGGGCGCGCCUGGCGGUGCAGGACGCGCGGGUGGGCAAGCACGUGGUGCCGGCGGGGACGACGGCCAUGGUGAACAUGUGGGCCAUCUCGCACGACGAGGCCAUCUGGGGAGACCCCUGGGUGUUCCGGCCGGAGAGGUUCGCGGAGGAGGAGGUGAGCGUGCUGGGGUCCGACCUCAGGCUGGCGCCGUUCGGGUCCGGCCGCAGGGUGUGCCCUGGCCGGAUGAUGGGCCUCGCCACCGCGCAGCUCUGGCUCGGACGCCUCCUGCAGGAGUACCGGUGGCUGCCACCGCCGGCCAACAAGCCCGUCAGGCUCGCCGAGUGCCUCCGCCUGUCCAUGGAGAUGAAGACGCCCCUCGUCUGCCGCGCGGUUCCUCGUCGUCGCGGAGGACCUGCUGCUGCUUGA